UCAACUAAUUUUCGGAUAGGUCUUAUGAAUCUAAACUAGGGUUCUUUUGUCUCCCGAUUUACAGCCAUUGUGCGAUCGACAAAAUCGAAGUGAUUAUCAAAUAAAUCAUUUUCCCAGAUUUGGAUCCGGGAAAUCCAAGUAAUUAUUGUUGUGUUCCCGAUUCUUACCACGGAAAAAGGAUAUAUAUUUGCAUUAGCCAAAUUCCACUUUUUGUUUUGCAGACUGCAGAGCUUAGUUUUUCAUUUGCUGUUGGGGAACAUUCGAAUUAUAAGUGCAAUCAUAUUUUGUCCUUUUACUCCUCAUGAUAAGAGCCGGAAACCAUGGGAGAAAAGCCUUCAAUUGGUUCUUGCCAUCAAAUUUCUAGAGAUGCAGCAGGCAUGUACUUGCAGGGCGAGCCUCAUUCUUUUAAACCCAACUGGUACUUUACCAGAGAAGAAUUAGAUCUUUCUCCAUCAAGGAAGGAUGGAAUCAGUAGCGAAGAAGAGUCACAUUUGCGGCAGUUAUAUUGUUCAUAUUUACAAGAGCUUGGCAUGGAGCUUAAGGAGCCGCAGGUAACCAUAGCUACUGCAAUGAUGUUGUGCCACAGGUUUUAUAUGCACCAAUCCCAUAAAAAGAAUCAUUGGCAGACUGUUGCAAAUUCUAGUAUGUUCCUUGCUAGCAAAGCAGAAGACACACCAUGUCGUCUGAAAGAUAUUGUGGUUAUGGCUUAUAAGUUAAUGUACAAAUGGCAUCCUUCAGCUUCACAAAGAAUCAGGGAGAGGGAAGUUUAUGAUAAACAGAAGGAAUUGAUCUUAACUGGGGAGAGACUUCUAUUAGUUACCGUUGCUUUUGAUCUCAAUAUCGAACACCCUUAUAAGCCACUAGUUGCAGCUCUGAAGAAGUUGAAAAUUUCAGAUAAGGAGGUGGUGAAAGUAGCGUGGAAUUUUGUGAAUGAUUGGGUCCGCACGACGCUUUGCUUGCAGUACAAACCACAUUAUAUAGCCGCAGGUUCUCUGUACCUUGCUGUAAAAUUUCAGAAGAUGAAAAUGCCUUCAGAGAAUGGGAAUAUGUGGUGGAUGCAAUUUGAUAUUUCACCCAAAAAAUUGGAAGAGGUCAUUCAGCAUAUGCUUGGAUUGCUAGGGAAGAAUAACAAACAAGCAUUACAAUCCUCAUUUAGUGGGAAAUCAAAACAAAAGCCUAAAGAAGAAUCUAAUAGCGCAGAAUCAUGCAUUUCAAGCUACUCUAUCAUCAGGCAAGAUUCAAGCAAUAUAUCAUUGGCAAAUGCUGGAGCACUUCUGAAAUCUGCAACUGCCGUAGGCAAUCAGAAACAGCUGUGUGGUGAUGCUCUUGAUCCCAUAAGAAAUACCGAGCACCAUCAGAUCAGUGAGCCUGGUAGUGCAAAUAGUGUUGUUGAGGACUGCGACAAUGAGCUGAUAACAAGAGACUCUGGCCAGAAAUCUUCUUGUGCAAUUUCGUCAGUUGAAGAGAGUUAUCAGAAGAUUGAUAUAAAUAUGGCUCCAGGUAGCGCAGAAUCAUGCAUAUCAGGCGGUUCAGUGGGCAAAGUUUCACACAAGAUUCCAUUGGCAACUGUUGGAGUAAACUUGUCCACUUCUGCAAUUGCCAAUUGCAACCAGAAACUGCCACGUCCUGAUAUUACUGUGACAAAAACUGAGCGGUGCCGGGGUGGUGAUUCUCAUAGUGUAAAUAUUGUCAUUGAUGAUGGUGGUGACCUUGAGCCAAUAUCAGGAGACUCUGGUCAGAAAUCGGGUUUGAAGAUUGAUAUAAUUACAAUAAGAGAGAGAAUAAAGAGGAGGAAACUCGAAAGGAUAACAAGUAAGAAGCCUACAGAAACCAUGGACGAGGAGAUAGUAGAUGGUGAGGCUUGGAUAGAGAGAGAGCUGGAAAGGAUAUCGAGUUAGUUUCUACUCAUUCAGAGGAGCGAAGAGGGUUGAAUAAUCGGAAUAAAGGAAGUCGGCUACUUGGUUUAGCUAGAAAUGCAGCUUCAGAAAGAUUCAUUGGACAAUUCCCAUUCAUUCUAUAUUUUCGCGCGUGUAGCGAACUGCAUUAUGCUUCUUGAUCCAUAUAUUGGUGUACAAUAUAGUGUCAAGCCAAAGGUCUUGUUUAACGCUCUGAAUCUGAUAGGGCCUACAAUACUUGUUAAAAGAUAAGAAGAACAUUUUCUUUAUAGGUGACAAUUAUUUCCAUCUGAAACUUCAAGGCCAGUUUUGGGUACAUUCGUCUCGACAGUUUCUAUCGAGUGUGUCCGGCUUAGUGGGAGGUGAAAAGUUUUUUUCUGUGUACAUAUAUGUUCUAACGCUUGUCUGUGUAUAUGUAUAUUUUUAAAUCAUGAAGCAAAAUGACAGAUUAAUUUUAAGUUUUAA